AUGCCCAAGAGAAAGGUUGAAGUGGAUGCUAAAGGAGAGAAAGCCAAGGUGAAGAAGGAAGCACAGAGAAGACCUGCAAGGUUAUUAACUAAACUUGCUCCUCCAAAGUCAGAGCCCAAGCCUAAAAAGGCCUCUUCAAAGAAGGGAGAGAAGGUGCCCAACGGGAAAAAGCAUAAAGCUGAUGCUAGCACGAAUGGAAAUAACCCUGCAGGAAAAGGAGAUUCCAAAACAGACCAGGCACAGAAAGCUGAAGGUGCUGGUGAUGCCAAGUAA